AUGCUCAUAGAAUUCACUGAUCUUACCAUCCUCCUCACCACCUAGAAGCAGCUGGAUAGAAAGGUUAGGAAGAUGGAUAGAAUGGCCUUUUGAAGCACCAGCCAGAUGGCAAUAGCUUGCAGAGCUGGGGCAAGUAUCUUCAAAAGGCUGUAUACACUUUGAAUCAGCAUCCACUCUAUGGUGCGAUGUCUCCCAUGCCAAGAUUCAUGGGUCCAGGAAUCAAAGGGUAGAAGUGGGAAUGGUACCACUCAACAUUACCCCUAAAAUUCUUGCUUCCUGUUUCCAUGACCUUAUGCUCUGCCGGCCUAGAAAUCUUAGUCCCAGAGUGGGGAAAGCUUGUAUGUACUAGGAAGCACAACAAUGGCUCCACUGAACUGGAAGCUAAGACUUCCCCCUGGUCAUUUUGGACUCCUCAUGCCUCUGAAUAAACAAGUAAAAAAGGAAGUUAUGCUGUUGGCAGGGGUGACUGUCCCAGACUAUCAAGGGGAAAUUGAACUAUUAUUCUACAAUGGAGUAAAGAAAGAACAUACUUGGAGUGCAGGAGAUCCCCUAGGGAGCAUCCUAGUAUUACCAUGCCCCAUUAAUAAUGGGUCAAUCAGAAACUACAGCAACCCAUUCUAGGCAGAAUGACAAAUGUCCCAGAACCUCCAGGAAUGAAGGUAUGAGUCACCCCACCAGAGAAAGAACCUAUAACCUGCUGAGGUGCCUGCUGAGGGCCAAGGGAAUACAGAAUGGGGAGCAGAAGAGAGUAACUAUAAAUACCAUCUACAACCCCAUGGUCAGUUACAGAAACAAGGAUUGUAAUUAUAACAGUUCUCUCCUGAUAGGCUUCCGAUAUAAUACUGACAGACUUAAUAUUGGUUCUUAAGUAUUGCUAAACCUAUAUUAUAAUGUUCAAAUUAUAAAAUGCUAGGAGUUAUUAGCACCAUCCAAAGAAAACUUGCCUUCUAUUCUGGGGACGGAAUUAGUGCAUUUCCAUUGUACACAGGAUAACUGUACCAUCUUAGGCAUAGUUAUGAACUUCUCUUUGUAUCUGGAGACUAAGUAUGAUUUAAGGAAAUGUGUCUAGUUGUCAAGGUGACAAGGGGUGGAUUGUGACAGUUAACUGCUAUGUCAACUUGAGUAAGAAAUGCCUGACUGACUGGAUUAGCAUAGUUCUGGUGUGGCUGAAUGGAUUUAUUGAAGAGGGAAGACCCACUCCUGGGUGUGAGGGGCACCAAACAAUAGGCUUGAAGCCUGAAUAGAAUAAAAAGGGGAAGAAAGAAGACUCGCUUCCGUUUCUUUGGAGAAGCUCCAUCCUUCACCUUUGCCUUGGAUGGCCAUCUCCUGACUUCCAAGACAGAUUCUUCAGCCUUCCAUCAUAGAUCCUUCAGCUUCCUAAUACCUACCUGCACAGGAGUCUACAGUGAGGUCCAGGCCUUUGACUUCUGACUGGAUCCUUCAGGUCUCCAGUGCACACACAGCCUGGACUCUUCCACACCUGACUCUGCAGGAGGCCAUUGCUAUUGGGCAGAAUCAGAAGAGAUUUAUGUGAAUGCCCUAAUAACACCCUAUGAAGCAUACAACCCGAAAACCAGGGACCUCUACAAUGGAUUCACCAGUUAGCGUGGAAUCAUAUUUUGCAAAUAAACAGCUUUUGGAGUCUGGGGCACCUGUGGAAAAGGUACACAAUCAUCUACACCUCUGCUCAAUUUUAGUCUUUGGUCCCCCAUCGGUCCCCAGAGCAGGAUGGCUGGACAGGCCACACUGACGUCGCCAACACCGCAGCUGCCAGGCCGCCGGCGCCCUCCCCCUCGCCUGGCGUUUUAGGGGAGGGAGGGGGUGCUCAGCAGAGGGGCCAGGGAGGACGAGCGCCAGGCUGUGUCCCCUCCCCGCUCCAUCCUCAGGAGGGCAUCGGCCCCGGAUUAGGACGACAGUUCUCCCAAAAACAGGUGGCGAGAAUUUAGGGAACCUGCACACGAACAACCAGGCAAGGGAACCGGACCCCUGCGUAGUGCGCACUCGGGAACAUGCAGGGCGCGCGCGCGCGCGCGCGCGAUGCUCCACACAAGGAUCACAGCCGCAGGUGGCGCGGCCACGCGCAGCGGGGGAUGCGCACCCCGUGGAGGAGGGCAGUGACGCGAGGGGUCCCCCCACCUCCACGGAGGCCCGGAGCAGCCACGCCGCCCCCGGGGAAGGGGAGCAACGACACAAAGGGAACAAGCAAGGGACACACGGCCGUGCGCCCGCGCGCUCAGACCGAGGGGCCCGGUCGCCUAUCGGGGGUGUCACCCACGCACGGGCCAGGACCGGGUGUCCGGACAGCAGGGGUGCACGCGCGAAGGGGCGGCUCCGUCAGUCGCACCGUGCGACACCCGGGGACCCACCUCGCGAAGGGAUCAGCGGACAAGGGGAAGACACCCACUAGGGCAGACAAAAGCUGCCACACCCCCUCCGCGCAGACCCACGCGGACACAGCAGGCACCUCAGCGAGCGACACGCGCGAUGCGCGCACACCCACACUCACCACACACCCACGGAGGGGGUGUGGAAGACCCGCUCCCCGGGCAUCUCGGCUGCGGCGGGACAGGGUGACACGUCUGGGAGCCCUGCCGCGCUCAGGGUGUCCGUCCACUCACCCGGGCCGGCAGCCCGCGAGCCUCGGACGCUGGCAGCAGCCGCCACCGCCUCCGGGGCCCCGAGUGAGCUGCACUGUGGGAGGGAGCGGGAGGCCGGUGCGUCACGUGGGCGGGCAGCGCGCAUGCGCACUCGCCGCCGCCCGCCCCCACGCUAGCUGUUCCGCGGCUCCCAGCGAGGGUCGCGCUGCGCCAGUGCCUGGGCGGUGGGCGGGGGCGGUCGUCUUGCCUCGGCCGCCCCCUCGGUUCUGCUGCAACCCCCUACUGCGUGUUCCAGGCUGA